AAAAAUCAAUAAAACCUUUCAUUCAAUUCAUCCGUCAUUUCAUAAGCCAUUCAAACGUCUGUUGUGUUUGACGUCCGCUCCCGAAGACUGUGAGUCAAAGACACCGACGGACAGCACAUCCCGUGAGGCCAUUGACGGCAACCGACGACAAGAACAGCGCCAACAAUGGGUACACUAUUGCGGUCGGAGUCGAUGUCUUUGUGUCAGCUGUUCCUGCAGUCGGAAGCGGCCUAUAAUUGUGUCUCAGAAUUGGGAGAAUUGGGUUUAACUCAGUUCAGAGAUCUGAAUCCAGACGUGAAUGCAUUUCAACGCAAGUUUGUGAACGAAGUCCGGCGUUGCGAUGAAAUGGAGAGAAAACUCAGAUAUCUGGAGAAAGAGAUCAAACGGGACGGCAUUCCUAUGCUCGACAUCGGCGACAAUCCCGAAGCGCCGCAACCGCGAGAGAUGAUUGAUCUGGAAGCCACGUUUGAGAAGUUGGAGAACGAGUUGAAGGAAGUGAACACCAAUGCGGAGGCACUCAAGAAGACAUACUUAGAGUUGUCUGAAUUGAGACACAUCCUGAAGAAGACUCAGCAGUUCUUCGACGAG